CGCCGGAGAGGACAAGAGAGCGCGAGCGCGCGCCUCCCUUCUCGUCCUGGGACGCGGCAGCAGCCCCGGUUGUGUAAUCCGAGCCGCACGAACGCGACGCCCCUCGCUCGCUUUUUCUCCCGCUGGUUUGGCAUAACGACACCACCCCGCCUGGCUAAUUUCUCUGCGCUGUGCAAAGGAAGGAAGGAAGCGGAGAGAAAGAAAGAGAGAGAAUCCCCUGCUGGCUCGCGCGUGGCGUUUGCCCUGUCAAAAGACGGGAAAGUGCCGCCAGAAGAAGGGACAUCUGCUGCUGUGGGAGAAGGCACUAACAAGGAUCUCAUUCUCAACCCAGCAGCAAAAAUGGAGGAAGGGACUUGACUGUGACUUCUGAAUUUGCCACUGCCCUACUGUUUGGCUGUGCCGUACCAAGGAAACCAGUCGAACCAAGCCAUCCUGCUGCCUCUCUAGAAAUGUUGGAACAGAGUCCUUUUGGGUCACCCUGAAGCAUGACUAAUGAUGUGGGCCCAUGCUUUUGGCUUUACAGCCUUGCCACACCUUGGUGGAUUCCUUGGCUGGUUCUUCACCCGGAAGGAAGUGCCCAUAUGGUUUGAAGAUCUGAAGAAACCGUCAUGGUGCCCACCCAAUAAAUUGUUCCCAGUUGCUUGGACUACACUGUAUACAAGCAUGGGCUAUGCUUCAUAUUUGGUGUGGAAGGACCUUGAUGGCUUCAACAGUAGAGCAGUUGUCCCAUUGGGCCUCUAUGGAGCUCAGCUGGCACUGAACUGGGCAUGGACUCCUAUAUUCUUCGGCGCGCACAAGCUAAAGCUGGCCCUGAUUGACAUUGUGGGUCUGUAUGGGUUAGUGCUGGGCACCAUGUAUUCUUGGUACCCUAUUAACAAGACAGCAACACUGUUGAUGCUGCCUUACCUUGCCUGGCUGACCUUAGCGUCUUCUCUUAUCUACUGCAUCUGGAGAGACAAUCCGGAAAAGGAAAAAGAAAAGAAGAAAGAAUAAGAAAGGAACUGGGAAGACUGAUGCCAUCUCAUGAAACCCUUUGAGAUCUGGCAUUAUGAAAGGAAGUUAAUUUGAUUGACCCAAAGGCAUUUAUCAUUUGCACGUGAAGAGAUGGGGGAUCUUUUACAAUCUGCAAUGGCAUGGAUAAAUAAGACUUCCAUACAUCUUGAGCUUGAAAACCAUAACUCUCAUCCUCACUCAAAGCACAAUUCUAUACUUGUUUACUUGAAGAAGUAAGUCCCGUUGAAUUGAUUGUAGCCUUGGUAUCUUGAUGAGAUGAUAUCGUCAGGUAAUAGUUGUAUAGUUAUGCUGUCAAUAAAACUUUGGAUAAGCUUUGCUUUGCUCUGUAGAUUUAUGUUUGGAUGACUACUUCAGUAAAAUCUUGGGAAUAGCACUGGGCUUGGUAAGAGCAGAAUCUACUCAUACAUGUGAAAUUAUAAUAGUCCAGAUGUUGUACUCAUGAUAUAUAAGGAUUGCAUCACGCGUUCCUGUUUUUAGCUAUAUAUAUUUAUAACUUUUCCUCUCCAUUUCCCCCUCUUUGUUCUCUACCCCACCCCCAGUAAAAAUUUUAAGUUCCUUAGGGCAAGGAACUAUGUUCUUUGCUGAUUUCAUUCCAAUGUCAUAUAAAUAAGUCACAGUAUAAUCCUAUAUAUGUCUAUUCAGAAGUAAGCCCUACUGAGUUCCCAGGGAAGUGUGUACAGGACUGAGGUGCAAGUCUUUUUGUGUAUACACAUAAAAAUGUAAAGUGUGAGCGUUAUGAAUAAUAUGUUUGACCUUUUUUUAGUACAGGUACAUUUUUUUGGUGGAGUUGGAACUAGCUGCAGUGCUCUGUUGCAUGGAUAUUCAGUAAAGUUUGGAAUGGAACAGGAAUUAUUUUUCCCCUGACAGGAGCUUUUUGUUCUUUGUUUUCACAAGCCAGGUGCUGCAUGAAUAGAUGCUUACACAUGUAUGCACCAUGUUGAGAUAUUUCACAAGCAGAUAUUUCAUUUCCUUCAUUUAAAGUAAAAGAAUACUGUUUUAGCGCUGGUGACAGAACUGAGCAAAUAAAAAAUAUUUUAUUUUGCUGUGAGAGACUAACCCACCAACCCCUCCGAAAAUCUUCUUCUUCUGCUUCUUCUUCUUCUUCUGAUUAUUAUUAUUAUUGUUAUUGUUAUUAUUAUUAUUUACUUGUUACCCAAAGGUCUCCAGGUGACUUACAACAAUGCUAAAAACAAAACAAAUAUAUCUCACCUAUCUAUGUGAGCUGAGAUUCCAAGGGUCCCUGCACUCGCCCAGGGUUUGGUUUCCUUGGGAAGAAGUUCACCGGAGGCUGUGGUGUCUUUAUGAAACAUGCUUUAUUUAUUUACACACAUUCCAACCUGAGCUUAGGAUGGAGGGAUUCAAGGCAUCAGCAGUCCAAUACCCAGCUUUUCCAUUAGGGUUACAGGAAGCACCCCAAAGCCAUGGUGCAGAGAGCCAGUCUCUCUGCCUGCCUCCAGUUCCCAGCCUCUCUCGGACACAACUCAAAACACAAGCUUCUCCUCUGCCCCAGGAGGAGGGGGGAGGCUCUCCUGAAGAGUUUCAGUGACAAAAGGAUCUCCCUAGCCAAUUCACCAGUGAUGGGCACCUGAUAGACCCAUUAGCCCACCUGGCCACUCUAAUAGAUUAACAAAAGAAACUCAACUGACCAGCAGAGCAAGUUUCUCACCCCAAGGCACAACAUUCCAAAUCAGAGGCUGGAAGGGGACUCAUAGAAAUUAUCCAUCUCAACCCCAAAACCCACAACAAUAUAAUAUUUUUGUAAGCUGUUGCACUGUCAUGCAUGGAGGCAUGGUGAAGGUGAAGUGAGGUGAAGGAGUGAGGGAAGCAAGGAUGUCAAGUACGGAGGACAGUGGGCAGGCAAGUGGUGGCAACAACUGGUAAGCAGUUGAGGUGGGCUGGUGGCAGCAGCCUGGGCAGGUGGGAGGCCAGUAAACUGCCUGAACAAGGCAGUGGUGAAUG